AUGCAACCAAACACGAGGCGAAUCGUUGUGAGAUUUUUGUUAGUGCUCUGCCUGGCACUGGGAUUCAGCGAAGCUCAUGGCUUCGGUGGCCGCAAGUUUGGAGGUGGAGGUGGUGGCUUUGGCUAUCCAGUGGCCUAUCCGGUUGCCCAGCCGGUGCCUGUGCCACAACCAAUACCAGUGCCCCAGCCCGUGCCCGUGCCAGUUGUAGUGCCUCAACCGGUGCCGGUUCCCGUUCCAGUCGCUAAGCCCUUUGGGUUCCACAAGCACGGCUGGAAAGGUGGUUUCGGUGGCGGUGGAUUUGGAGGUGGUUAUGGAGGUGGGUUUGGAGGUGGCUAUGGAGGUGGACUUGGAGGUGGCUAUGGUGGUGGAUAUGGCGGCUACGGCGGAUAUCAAAGUGUCCAAUCGUUUAGUGGAUCUUCAGCCUAUGGCGGAAGCUUUGGUGGUGGCUAUGGAGGCGGCUUAGGAGGCGGCUAUGGAGGCGGCUUAGGUGGCGGCUAUGGAGGCGGCUUAGGUGGCGGCUAUGGAGGCGGCUUAGGUGGCGGCUUUGGUGAUUUCUGA